AUGCCGCCGAAGCCCAAGGCGGACGUAUUGGUACAGAAGUCUCCGGCGGAGUUUUUCGCGGAGAAUAAGAAUAUCGCGGGGUUCGAUAACCCUGGCAAAUGCCUGUACACUACCGUUCGCGAGCUGGUGGAGAAUGCACUGGAUGCCGCCGAGUCCAUCAGUGAGCUCCCGUACAUCGAAAUUACGAUCGAGGAGGUGUCCAAGGCUCGACUGAACCGUAUUCGGGGGGUGGAGGAACAUGGCCGACUGGACGAGCAGCUUUAUCAGGACUUUGAGAGCGAGGACGCGAAAAAGAAGCGAUUAGCCAAGGAGGCCCGGGACAAGGAGCGCCUGCAGAAGCUCAUUGAGAAGAAGAAAGAGCUGGCGGCGGCGGGGGCGGCUGCCAAGCCGGGAGCUGGCAUGCGGGGGAACCUGUUUUACAAGGUCACGGUCAAGGACAACGGCGCGGGUAUGCCCCACCGGGACAUCCCCAACAUGCUCGGCCGGGUGCUGUCCGGCACCAAGUACGGCGUCAAGCAGACACGUGGCAAGUUCGGUCUGGGCGCCAAGAUGGCGCUCAUCUGGUCCAAGAUGACCACCGGACUGCCCUUCGAGAUCAGCAGCGCGAGGAAGGGCUGCGGGACCAGGAGCCACUACGUGCUGGACAUUGACAUUCACAGGCACGUACGUGCGUGUAUUCCCAAUGUGCAUCUUGAAGAGCAGCUGCCCAACCCGGACCAUUGGCAUGGCUCGUGCCUCAGUCUCACCAUUGAGGGGAAUUGGCAGUACUACCGGUCCAAAAUCGUACGGUACCUGCGGCAGAUCGCCGUUAUCACGCCAUACGCACAUUUUUGCUUCUCGUACAAGGCGGAGGACGACAAGAACAGCAUGCGGAUCAACUUCAGGCGGCGCACCGACGUGAUGCCCCCUCCCCCCCGUGCCACCAAGCACCACCCUUCCUCCGUGGACUUGGAGCUGGUGAAGCGGCUGAUUGCCGCCACGGACACCAAGACACUGACCAGCUUCCUCAAGAAGGAGUUCGACUGCGUGAGGCCGGCACUGGCAGAGCGGCUGGCGGGGGAGAUGCAGGCGGGGGUGGAGGGUGACACGAACCCGAAACACCUGACAGACAAGCAGGUGGUUCGUCUUCACCAGCUGCUUCACGAAGUUCGUUUCGAUGACCCCAAGGGGGACCACCUAAGUCCCGCGGGCGAGUACAACCUCCGUCUGGGGGUCAUGAAGGAGCUCAACCCCGACAUGAUCGCCACCCAUCAGGGGGAUGUGCGGGUGUUUGAGGGACAUGCCUUCAUCGUGGAGGCGGCGGUCAGUGUGGGGGGCAGAGACAUCAAGCCGGGCAUUAACGUGCACCGUUUCGCCAACCGAAUUCCGUUACUGUUUGAGGGCGGCUCUGACGUCAUCACCAAAACCGCCCUCAAAAGAAUCAACUGGGCGAGCUACAAAAUAAACCAGUCCACGGACAAGGUGGGUGUGUUUGUGAGCAUCGUGAGCACCAAGAUCCCCUUCAAGGGCGCCGGGAAGGAGUACAUCGGGGACGACGUGGAGGAGAUGGUGGCGGCAGUUAAGGCGGCAAUCCAGGCGUGUUGUGUGCAGCUCAAGGCUAAGAUCGUCCGCGCCAUCGCCGCCCGGGAACAGAAGCAGCGCAAACGCAACCUCACGAAGUACAUCCCCGACGUCGCGAACGCGGUUUACGCGAAGGAGGAUGAGGAGAGAGAGGCGAAGCGGCGGCGUUUGGAGGUGGCGGAUGAACGGCAUCUGCUUCCCGCGGUUGUCAGCCAUGAGCUGACUACUGCGACGCUGCAGGCCCGACUGACCGAAUACGUGGAGCGGAUCGACACAGACAUGGCGCUCGAGUACCAGGUACAGCAAGGCCUAGCGGCGGGCGUAGCUAAGGUGCGAGUGCGGUGCGGAAGAGGGGAGAAAGAAGCGGCUCAACGUGGUAUGAGGGGAGAAGCCCUUGUGGUUCUAGCCUUGAGUGUAUAUGUAUACGUUUCCAGCUCACACGGGAUUCGUGUUGUUGAUAGCUCGUAA